GGGGAGGGUGUGUUUCUGUGUGGGUGAGAGACACAGAGAGAAGGAGGAGGGGUGUAGACAGAGAGAGCAAGAGAGAGAGAGCGAGAGAACUCCAGCAGUCUCUCAGAUCUCGGCUGUGGCGAGGACACCCAGGAGAAGUGCAUUCCUGAGGCAGCAAGACGAGGAGAAGGCAGCUAGAUAGAGCGAAGGAGAAGUCGCGACAUCCUUUAACUCGCCUGCCGUGACCACAUCUGACUAGCCCCUGACCUCCGGCGGACUCGCACACUCCUCGCACGCUCCUCAGACACACACACAUACACUGACGCUUACUGGCUGUCUUGCACACCAGCCACACAACCGGCUCUGCUGCUCUGUCAGAAGUGAAGGAUUUCCCCUGCGAGUGAGGAAGAGAGACGGGAGAGGGAAAAAAAACAGACAGAGGAAAUUAAAGGCACUGAAGAGAAGGAGAAGAUCCUCUCACUCGAGCCAGUGCCAUGCAGCGUUGACCCGAGACAAGCCAAGCUUAAGUGAUCUGUUUUGAAGACCAUCUUAACCCUACACCCCGCCCUGCACCGGUCCCAGAUGGAGCUUAAAGUGUGGGUGGACGGAGUGGUGCGGGUGGUAUGCGGCUUAUCCGAGGAGACGUCCUGCCAGGAUGUGGUCAUCGCCCUGGCUCAGGCCAUCGGUCAGACAGGCCGUUAUGUUCUGAUCCAGCGUCUUAGGGAUACAGAGAGGCAGCUGUUGGCCACAGAGAGGCCACUGGAGUCUCUGGCUAAGUUAGGCCAACAUGGCAGUGAAGUUCAGUUCUUUCUCCGCCGCACUGGCCCCAGCAGCAGUGAUGGACCUGGCUCAAAACAAGACAGACCAACUCCCCUCCCGCUGCCCAAGCAUCCUGAGCCAGAACCUUCAAAACGCAGCCAGCCUAAGAAAGCACUCACCUUUAACCUGGGGCCAUCCAGCUCUCCUAGAACCAAAGCCAAACAGUUUAAGAGGUCUCCACGGGACUCUCCAGAACAGAGAGCCUCUCCCUCCCCUUCUCCAAGCCCUGUUUCCCCUCAUGUGCCAUCUCCCUCUCCUUCACCACCCAUAGGCCCGUCCAAAGAAGAGGUCUUUAGGAAAGUUCUUCAGCAACAGGAGAGACUAAGGGCCAUCGAGACCCAGCUAGAAGCCCUAGAGAGGGACUCACAGGCCUGGGAUCGUCCCUACCCAUCUCCCUGUCCCUCCCCGGUCUCUGAUGCUCGUUUGCAGGAAGAGAUGGACACUCUGGAGCAAGUGAUGCGGAGGAACCAGGCCGAGCUUGCCCAUGAGGAGUACUGGGAGGAGGAGCUCCAAGUGGAGGUGGAGAAAGAGAGAGGAAUGAGGAGGAAGCUGGGGGAGCUCCACGCCAAGCUCGACGAGUGCGGGCGGCGGCUCCACGAGUUCUCGGUACGCUCUGCUCAGCUGGAGCAAGAGAUCCAGCGGGAGAGCCAGGCAGAAGGGAGAGCCAGCGGGCCCGAGGAGUCCCUCGACACCGUGAAGGAAGAGCUCCAGAUCCAGGAGAGGCAGGGGACAGAGCUGGAGGAGCAGCUAUCUGAGACUGACAAGGCUCUGGGGAAGGCAGAGUCUCUGCUGCAGGCCAAACAGGAGGAGCUGGAGGAGCUGAAUAAGGAGCUGAGGCAGUGUAACCUGCAGCAGUUUAUUCAGCAGACAGGUGUCCUGCCAGCGCACACCCACUCACGCACAGAGCUUCAGGAGCAACUAGAGCAGUUAGAACUUGCACAUCUUCUGCAAGAUGGAUACAGGAACGGAAGCCGCAGUGUAACCCCGGUGGAAUCCCCGCCUCGUCCCACCGCCAAACAGUUCCUGGGACAUCCACGCAACCUGCAAAACCCUCUAGUGUCCAGUCUCAACCCUGAGGUCCUGACAUCCCGAGAGUCGUCAUGGAGAUAAAACAUGGACCGCAGGGCCAAGGGAAACUUGUUCACUGUUCUGUCACCGUCACCUCUUAAUUGACCCUUUUCUUUGUAAUUCUUGUCAUAUUACCAUGAUAUAUAUAUAUAUAUACUGUAUAUACAUAAGACAAUAUAUUUACAGAGUUUUGCUACUCUAAACACUGAAAUGUAUCUGUAUGAAAUGUAAAAUAAUUUAGAAACCUUUUACCUAGAGAAAUUAUUACUAUUACUAUGUAUUUAAAUAUAAUAAAAAUGUGUAUUGUGUUUUAGAUAA